AAAAAGGGUCCUGUUUACUAUUGCAGGUGGAUCGUCACGCAGAACGCUCUGAAGCCUGUAUCUAUGGCGGCUGUCCUGUAUAUGUUAACUGCUUUGCACAUUGCGAUCGGAGUGCUACCUGAAAUCCACGCCUUCAAUGCGCGACAGUGGCAGUGUAAACGUGACAUUCAUAUGGGCAAGGUUACUGCUUGCAAAUUUCUGUGUUUCAUGCCUUUUGCCAUGGAACACCAACACUUUGUCCUCCUUAAUGAGCUAGAUGGAACACCGUGCAUGCAUGGCUACUGCUAUAAUGGCCAGUGUGUGAGAGGGGACAUUCAUCACAGUUUGAAGCGUACGAAGCGGUCUGUGAGGUCAUUCGCAGCCGGAUAUGUUCUAGGAAGAAGCGUGGGAAGAGCGCAAGGCCGUCGACUUGGUAGGCGGCGUGGAUUGUUGGGUCGGCGCUGAAUCCUGGAACGCAGUCACGCUACAGGAGCCUGAACGUUUGCCAGGUAUAAUUAAACGGAGGUCUGUAUUAAGUGUAAGAAUCACUUGGCCUGCCUGAAUCUUGGCCAUUAAUCAUGAACGGGCUGGUGGUGGUGGGGGCAUAUGUGUUCGUAAUUUGACCUAUACGUAAGCAUACUGGUAAUCAGCACCGGAAAUAAAUUUACGUUCCUUGUC